AUGUGUAUUUUUCAUUUGCUUGUUUGUAGCGUAGGCGGAUCCCUUCUUCUUUGUGCUGUGACUGCUUUCUUUUUGUUUCUUUUUGUUUCUAUGUGUGUGUUGCGUCGAAGUGUUUUGCACGCACGCCCGUUUUCUCCUCCAUGUUUUCUUUCUUUUUUCACCUCAACGUGCUUCACUUAG